UUGACAUGCGCAGUGGCAGCUGUAGAGGAAGUCGAAGCUGUGUGAAGUGUUGAAGUUUUUAGCUUAGUGUCAAUGUGAAAAGGAGGAGCUUACAUCUGCCGUCGACCCCCCACUGUUGUUGUGAAACACAGGCUACAAAAUAUGCCAUUAUUUGGUAACUCGGGAUCUUUUGAUCCUGAUGUUGAAAAAGCCACCAAUGAAAUGCGUACAACUGAAGACUGGGGUCUUAUUAUGGACAUCUGUGACAAAGUCAGUCGGACUCCCAAUGGGCCCAAAGAUUGUCUUCGUGCUAUUGUGAAACGGAUGAAUCAUAAAGUUCCUUUUGUGACAAUGCAAAGUUUAACCCUUCUGGAUGCUUGUGUAAAUAACUGUGGUCGACCAUUUCAUUUGGAAAUUUGCUCCAGAGAUUUCGUGUCAGAAUGUCGCAAUUUUAUUGGACAAAAAGCUCACCCAAAAGUAGCACAGAAGCUGAAGUUGUUGAUAAAACGAUGGGCAGAGAUGCCAGAAUUCAAAGAUGAACCAGCUCUAAACUUGAUGCCAUCGCUGUAUGAAAACUUAAAAAAAGAGGGACAUGACUUCUCCGAUCCAGAUACAGUGCCAAAGAAAACACCAACACUUAUUUCAAAUCCUGAUGCUGUUCAAACACAACAGGAAGAAGAUGAUAUAGCAAAAGCCAUUGCUUUAUCAUUACAAGAAGCUGAAAAAUCCAAAACUGGUGGUUCGUUAUACCCAUCAGCUUCCCCUGCCCUUAGCAGCAGUAAUACUUUGCCCAAAAGCAAAGAGUAUCGCAAAGUGAGAGCUCUGUAUGAUUUUGAAGCAGCAGAAGAUAAUGAACUUAACUUUAAAGCUGGUGAAAUCAUUAGUGUACAAGAUGAUACGGAUCCAAACUGGUGGAAAGGUUUCAGUCACAGAGGAGAGGGGCUGUUUCCUGCCAACUUUGUUACUUCUAAUCUAACAGCUGAACCAGAAGAGAUGAAAGAGAAAAAAGGUGUUCAGUUCAAUGAAGAAGUCGAUGUGAAAGUUAUGGAAACUCUUCCGGAAGAAGUAGAAGUGGAUGAGUCAAAGAUUGACCAAGUAUUGGCACUGAUCCAGAAUGCUGAUCCAACAGGAGAAACACAACCAGAUUCUUCGGAGUUAUUAUCUCUUGAAGAACAAUGUAAGAUAAUGGGUCCACUGAUUGAUGCUGAAUUGGAAAGGAUUGACAAGAAACACGCUAAUUUGGUAGAAUUAAAUAUGAAAGUGAUGGAUGCUUUACAAAUGUACCACAACUUAAUGAAAGAAACUCCUGUGUUCUAUAUGUCCCAUCAACCUGCACCACAACAAGCCCCUAGCACUUAUAUUCCAUCAGGUAUCCCACAGCCACCACCUCAGCAACAACAGCAACAACAACAAUAUGCAAACCAACCUCAAUACGUAAGCCCUGGACAGGCCCCACCUUCAAUCAUCCAUGCAAACAAUGGACCUGUACCCCAGGGACCAAUACCAACUAACAUGAUGUCACAACAGCCAGCUCCAGCUCAGAGCUUAAAUGGAAACUCCAUUGUUGUAUCAGCAGCUCAGCAGCUCUACAAUGGAGUAACAGCUCCUGCUCAGAGCAGUAUGGCAACCUACGGACCAACUUCAGCACAGUUUAAUCCCCAGUCAAUGAACAGUAUGUCCUUACCCCCAAUGGAUGCCAAUUACGGACCACCACCAUCGACUGGAGGUGGAGGAAUGUCUUAUCAACAAGUACCUCCUCCACAACCUUUGUUGUGAUCUGCUAUUGCCUUGGAGACAGAUGGGGGAGCAGCUGUUGGCUUAGGUCAGUGUUGACAGAAAAGUCAUGAUUACAUUACUUUCAACAAAAACAAAGACAAACAAACAAACAGGUCUUAAGAAUGGCUAAAGUAAAGAAAAGAAAAUUUGUUAUGAUUCUGAUAUUGUAUCUUUUUUUUUUUUAAUUUUUUUUUUUUUUCUGAAGACUGUUGUUGGAAACAACUAAAUUAUGGAAUCGUUAGUACUGUGAUAUGCCUCUCUAUGGUUAAUAACAUAACUGUAGUGUUUAAGGCUGGACUUGUGGUUUUGUAGACAUCAGGUGAUAACUGACCAAGCAAACACUCUGCAGAACUAGCAGGCUAUUACUUACUGUAGUAACACUGCACGUUUGUUCUACUCCUGCUUCUUAGCUUGACCACUUAACUGUUUCUUUUUUUUUUUUGUUUUUGUUUUACAUUGUUGUUUUUUUUUUUAAAAAAACUGUGGUCACGGGACUCCCUUUCUCUCUCUCUCUCUUCUCUUCUCUAUCUCUCUCCCAUAUCUUAUGUCAUGUGAAGUAAGGCAUGGAUUAAACCUAAUUUGUGAUGUCUGUCUGCAUAUGGAUACGAAUAGUUUGUUUAUUUUUACCUUCUUCCUAUGUGUGUGCAUGCUUGUGUGCGUGUGUAUAUGCAUGGAUGUGUGGAUGUGCAUGUGUGGUUUGUGAACUGCAUGAAUGUUCGCCAUGAUGUGUAAGAAAGUCUUAUAUUCUAAAGACAGCUGACACAAUGUUUUUCUCCUCUACAUUCAAGUAUCACACAAAAUAUUUAGUUGUUGUAAAGAAAGAAAGCCUAACUCAUUGAAACUAAUUGAGACAUUUUCUGCAUAGGAAUGGCAGCUUUGAGGGUGUUAGUUGAUUGCAUGCCAUCUUAUUUUGCUGUGAUACUUACAUUUGUACCCACAGAAACAGAUUUCGAAAUAAAAAAGUGAAAACCGAAGUCUGAAGCUGAUAUUAAAACUGAACAUCUGUAGUAUUGAGUUUGUUUUUAUCUGGCAAUAUUGAUACUGGUAACCAGAGAAAAUGAGAAUAACUUCCAUUCAUUAUUUUACAUUAGCUUUGUAUCUCUCUCUCUCUCUCUCUCUCUCAUAUGUAUCUUAUAUAUAUAUAUAUAUAUAUAUGUGUGUAUAUAUAUAUGUGUGUGUGUGUGUGUGUAUAUAUAUGUAUACACACAUGCACACACUGAUAAUUUAUCAUAUAUAUGUGUGUGUAUGUAUAUAUAUAUAUAUAUAUAUAUACAUACACAUAUGUAAUCUAUCAUAUAUAUAUAUAUAUAUAUAUAUAUAUAUAUAUAUAUAUAUAUAUAUAUAUAUAUACACACACACAUAUAUGUCCCUGUCAUCUCUCCCUUUGUUACUCUUUACAAUUUCAUUGACAUUUCAUUGACAUCGACUUUACAACAAUAUUUUAUAUCAGCAUAUAAAACUGCCUGCCCUCUAAUGCCUGCUUCUUGGCUUUCAUUACCUGGCUCAUCAGUAGAACAAGUUAGUUGAAAUACUGUAAUGUUCUAGAAAGGUUAUUUUUCAUACUCGUAUUGUCUAGUUCUCAACUACCAUUUAUCAAGUCAAAAUUUACAUCAGAACAACAGUCAACUUUUUUAUUGUCAUUUAGUCUAUUUUCUGUAACCAUUUUCCAUGUCUGCCUUAAAAUAACUAGAAGUAAAGAUAGACAAUAUAUUUAGAAGCCGUGUAUAUUUUUUGAUAGAUGACAAAGUAAGAUAUUUAUGUAGGUCUUGUAAAUAACUGGCAUGUUUUGUAUUGAUUAAAAUCACAGAUGAAUUUAUUGUUAUUCUAAAGCUGGCUGGUAGACAGACAAAUCUAACAUAUAUAUAUAUAUAUAUAUACACAUUAGUAUAUAUUAAUUCAUAUAUAUAUAUAUAUAUGAAAACUAUAUAGACAAUAUUCUUAUAAUAAAUCAACAAAUAAGCUUCAUUCAAUCCUUUAAUAUUCAUGACAUUAAUGAUGAUUUUAGAUAUGUGGAUAUAUCUAUGAUGGGAAAGUGAUGGAAUGCUGCAACUAAGAAAAAAACGUGACCUUCUGUGUGAUUUGAUGAAGGUUUUCCUGCUAUUGAGUGUAUGUCAACAAGGCCUGGUUGGCCAGUUUAAACAAAUAGCACUGUCUUUAUGAUCAUUGGAUUUGGAUGAUUUCAAUAUUAAUGGGUCAAAUUGUCUAGUCUAUUACAAUUCUAAUUAGGUUUAUAAUUAAUUUUCCUAGGCAAUUUCAACCUGAAUAUAUUAUAAAAAUACAAACUACUAAUUAGUACCUGUAUUACUUUACCAGCUGUUAAUAUUUUUAUAUAGAGUGAGUUAUUUAUUUCAGUGGUUUCCCUCUAUAGUAAAUGUGUGUAUGUGAGAUUUGAUUUUUGAAAUCUGUUAGCUGAAAUGUUGACUCUAGAUUUUGAGACAAUUGCUCAAACAUGUUCCAACAUAUUCAUAUUCUUUGCAAGCACACAUGUACACAUCACACUCAUAAACAAACACUGUAUUUGUAUGCCAGCAAAUACAUGCACACUAACGCACACGUGUGCACAUGCACACACACACACACACACACACACACUAUAUUUGUAUGAGAACAUAACAAAGAUGUCAAAUACUUGUUGAGAGCUAUCUUUUUUUUCUAAUGUUCUUUCUGUUAUCGGAGUAAAACAAGCCUGGUUUAUCACAUUCUUUCUUGGUAAACCUUGAAAAGAGAAAAAUAUUACUUGUAUUUUUAUUUUGUUUUAUUUAUAUAUUUAUUACCAAUAGAUAUUUGCCUCUCUCUUCUUGGUAAAAUUCUCUUGAAACUUUGCUUAUAUUCCUCAAUUUUUAUGUUUCUUAAGUCAUUAAAGAUUCCAUUUUA